CCAGGGCGAGGCUGAGAGGCUCGUGCAGCACCUCACAACUGGACUAACUCAGCAGCAAACUUUGUCCCGACUCUGUCGUUGGAACAUGGAGGCCCAGCGGUACCCGAUCAGUGUCCGUUUAAUCGGAGUCAUGCAAAAAGAGAAGAGCAAAAUGUACAUGACCUCCGUGCUUUGGUCGGAUCAGAGUGACAUUGUGGUUUACAGAGCUUUUCAGGAUUUCAAGAAAAUGCAUAAACAGAUGAAGAAAGCAUUCCCAGCGGCGAGUAAACUGAAGAAAUCUGAAAGAACCAUCCCCAAAUUUCAAUACUCGAAGGCGAAGCGGGGCAGCAGGAAGAAGGGCCCCGCAAAGUCACUUGCUGCGCCUCAAAUUCUUGCAGAAAUAUUGCGACGAUCUCCUGAGCUGCGACCCGCGGGUCCUUCAUUCUUCAGACCUCAUCCAGUUCUUCCACCCUAAAGACCAG